AUGCUGAUGAAUAUGUUGUCCAGCACGAGACGACUGGUCUUGCAGAGCACCAGAAUGGCAUCGUUUCUCAUCAACGACGGCAAAUACGCUUUUUUGAAAGAACUUGGCCUUUCGGAGAACAACUGCGGUGUGUACCAUGGUAAAUGGGCCGCAUCGGGACCAGUUGUGCAGUCAGUGUGUCCGGCUAACAAUAAACCGAUAGCCAAUGUGCAAAAUGGUACCGCUGACGAUUUCGAAAUUGCGGUAACAGAGGCCAGGAAGGCAUACGAGAAAUGGUGCGAAGUUCCUGCACCAAGACGAGGCGAAAUCGUUCGCCAGAUUGGCGAGAAACUACGGUCACAACUUCAGAACUUGGGUAAACUGGUCUCCAUGGAAAUGGGCAAGAUCUUGCCUGAAGGUGUAGGUGAAGUCCAGGAAUACGUCGAUAUCUGUGACUUCGCUCUCGGCUUGUCAAGAUCUCUAAAUGGACAGAUUUUACCAUCUGAAAGACCAGGGCAUGCGCUGCUCGAGCAAUGGAAUCCAUUAGGAGUUGUUGGUGUAAUAUCUGCCUUCAAUUUCCCAUGUGCCGUAUAUGGAUGGAACAAUGCUCUAGCUUUGGUUACGGGUAAUGCUGUGAUCUGGAAGCCAGCACCGUCAACUCCACUUACUGCUAUUGCUGUAACUAAGCUCGUUGAAGGAGUUUUGAAAGCUAAUGAUUUGCCGGGAGCAUUGUGCUCUCUCGUCUGCGGAGAGGGUGAAGUCGGACAAGCCCUUGUGAAAGAUAAGCGCGUGAAUUUGGUCAGCUUCACCGGAUCAACAGAUGUUGGACGAAUUGUAGGGCAACAAGUGCAGCAACGGUUUGGCAAACUCCUUCUCGAACUUGGAGGCAACAAUGCUAUUGUUGUUAACGAUGACGCAGAUUUGGACAUGGUCGUACCUGCUACCGUAUUUGCUGCCGUAGGAACCGCUGGGCAAAGGUGCACAACGACUAGACGAUUGAUCGUGCACGAAUCCAUAUAUGACACCUUGUUAGAGCGAGUUAAGCGUGCUUAUGCCCAGUUUGAGUCCCGAAUUGGAGAUCCCUUGGAAGCUAACACUAUCAUUGGACCACUACAUAAUCAACAAGCAGUUAUGUCGUAUAAGGCAGCGGUCGCCGAAGCUGUCGCUACUGGUGGAAAAGUCGAGUACGGUGGAAAAGUGCUUGAAGGUGACGGAAACUUUGUGCUGCCGACGAUCAUUACCGGACUUCCUCAUGAUUCUCCUGUUAUUUUACGAGAAACGUUUGCUCCCAUCCUUUAUGUUAUCAAGGUGAAAAAUUUGGACGAAGCGAUCAAAGUCAAUAACGAGACCACACAAGGACUCAGUUCAUCCCUGUUCACUACAAAUAUCCAAAACUUCUUCAAAUGGAUGGGACCGAAGGGAAGUGAUUGCGGCAUUGUGAAUGUGAACAUCCCAACUUCUGGUGCCGAGAUUGGCGGUGCUUUUGGUGGUGAAAAGGAAACGGGUGGUGGCCGCGAAUCUGGAUCCGACGCUUGGAAACAGUACAUGAGGAGGUCGACUUGCACCAUCAACUACAGCAAAGAACUGCCUCUUGCCCAAGGAAUCAAGUUCGAAUGAUCCAUUGCGACGAUGCACUCUUUUUAGAUUUAUAGAGCACUGGUUAUAUUUCAUGGCAAAUUACUCACCUCGGUUAUGCACUACGGUUUUUACUUAUGUUUCACCUCAGAGUCUAUUGACAUAUCACCGGUGCAGUUUUACCUUGCGGGAGUUUCAUACUUUGUUUUAAUCCAUUUCAGUUUUGAAGUCCAUGGUCUUGUUUGACUUUGUUGUGGGACCUCUGACCCCAGCUCACUUUUGUGAAAAACUCGAUUGACCGAUUGUUUUUAAUCUGUGAAAGUUUUAGCUAUUUUAUACGUUGUGAUACCUUCUGAGUACUUUGUCGCUGUUGAAAUAUGUUGACUGUUUUACAUAAAUCUUUGGCUGC